AAUUCUACUUUGCAUAAAAAUCCGCAUCAGCAUGCCUUACUCUUUUUUUUAUCUCACCUUCUCACCUUAUUUUCAUCUCCCCUCUUCUUUCGUAAUUUAUCUCUUCUGCAUCAUCGCACUUCCAUCAAUGACGUUCCUUUAUAGCUUAUGUAAAUUAAAUUUUAGCAAUACUCUGAUCAAAACUUUUCCGGUCGGAAGUGGAACUCCCUAACUGCACGAACUUAAUCACUGCAAUGCUUACCAGACAAUGGCAAUAUAAUGGAUGAAGUGAUGAAAUGGAUUAAUCAUUAAUCAUUCAUUAAAUACUCAUAAUGAAUAAAUUGCCGAUGAUAAUCCGCCGUAAUUCUUGAUAUUUUAUAAGUUUAUUUUGUUCCAUUUUUUUUAUUUUAGAGGAUAUAGUUACACUCUAAUCACAGUAUAAUCAUACCCAGUAGCGACACUGAACGUUUUUAGUGAGUUCCAAUUCCGUACAUUUAGGGAUAUGGCGGCCUGUAUGUAUGACAAAGAGAAAGAUACUUCGCUCUCUUUCUCUCUUGUACGUUCGUACCAUCUCAGACGAUGGCGGCGAGUGUGCCGACGCUCAGUGUCGCUAUUGAAUAUGGUUAUACCGUACUCUAAUCUUCCUAUCUAUUUUACAUUUUCAAUAACAAAACAAAAUUUCCGUAAUUGUGUGUAAGUUACUCUCCGCAAAUUGUGUUCUCUUGGAUUACUUUCGCAGUUCUUGAAAUUAUUUUUAAUCAGGCUGCAGAAAGAAAUUGAUGACCGAAACUGCGUAUAACCUCUGUAUCUUUAAUUGACUUUAUCAGAAAUUCAUUAAAGAUGAAAGAAAUCGUAGUUCGGUUAGUCUGUCCAUAUUUUUAGCUAAAGUCAUUUUGAUUCAAUCUCUAUUUCCGGUUCGGGGGAGCAUUGCGAUUACGACGUAGCGUCGAACAAAUUGCAAACAAAUCGUCUAACCACAUUGUCCUCUCGUUGCAGGUCUUCUGGCGCAGAUGCUGCUGCAGGACGAAAGCGAGUGGAGCCCACGUGGAGCGAGUGGAUCAUCGUACAAGAUGCCCAGAGACGCCCGAAAGAAGAGCCCGGGCGAGGCCAAGUACGUGUGCAACAGGUGCGGGAAAAUGUACAAGGCUACGACUUCGUUAAGCCGUCACAAGCGACUUGAAUGCGGUGUCGUGCCCUGCGAGGUAUGCCCUAUCUGCGGCCGCAGAUUCAAGCACAGAUUCGUCCUAAACGCCCACAUCGUCGGCUGCGAGAGGAGAAUGAAUCAGACGAUACAGAAGAAGGAUUACGAUUAAAGGCCGCGUUAAUCAACGACGAA